AUGGGAUACAACACUCAGGACACAGUCUGGCCGGAACACCCUGUCCCAGAUGCGGUCAAGGUCCUGAUUGACAGAUUCUUCAACCUCCUAGACAGUCACGAUUCCAACGUGGGAAACAUACUCGCUGAUGAAAUCUUCGCGUCAGAUGCUGAGGCGCAUUUUGGAAACGCUGCCUUCACCGGAAGUGACGAAAUCCGCAAGAGCAGAGACAAUGCAUGGAAAUUAUUCAAUACACGCAAGCAUACUGUCUUGAGAGUGUUUUCGGCCAACAAGGAGGCAAAUGACUUGCUCUUCAUUGCUUGGGUUGCUAUGGAUCUCAAGAAUGGGGAACAUGUGGCAGGCGAAUUCAUUGGACGUCUUCGAUUUGAUAACGCGCGGAGCUCGAACCCUAAGAUCAAGCAGUACAAUCAUUGGGCGGAUUCUGCUCCCUUAGUCAAGGCAAUGCAGAAGAAGUGA